AUGUUGACUCGGAGGAAUGAGUUGAGAAGCAGACCUGCGGCGAUGCCGGUAGCCGCUUUAUUGAACAUGUUGCUGCACCUCGCCUUCCGACUUGCAUCAACAUCCAUCCUUAAAGCUCUUCCGAUCUGUGUGGCGAGCGGAUUGAAUGCAUUGAUUUGCGUUGAUCCAUUCUGGAGACUUGAGCCAGCGGAAGUUGUCAGUGUGGCCAAGCUGUGGAAAGGCCUUCAUUGGGCCAGAAGUCGAUCUUUGAGAUCCAUCAAAUCUUUGGCGGCGGCGGCGGUGGUGGUGGCAAGGUCGUUUCAGGUCAGAGGAUGCGCAAGCCAGAUAGCUUUGAUCUUCCCAGCAAUCUGGUUUCUGGAAACACCCCUCUCUGGUCCUGGUGUGCACUCUGGCCACAUUAGAUAA